CUAUUCUUUUUGGGUGAAGAAAGAGACUGUGCUGCGGCGUCUGGAGGGUUAACUUUCAGUAUUCCCAGCCUAAAAGGGGUUUGGGGGCUAUGAGAUAAAGAUGCCGGGGUCGCUGAGCAAUGAAGACGAGGGACAAGACGACAUGGAUUUUGAAGACGAUAUACCAGAUGAGGAUGACGAAGGUGAGCGCAACACAGUUCCCCUCACACCUCUCGACCGCUUCUUUUCUGACGACGAGUCCCUCAAACAACAAAAGAAGAAGCCCAAAAAGAUGAAGGAGGGAAAAUUGCCGAAAGUUAAGAAGAGGAAAAAAGAGGGAGCAAUUCAGGCACGACUUGACAGUGACCUGGAAGAGACUUCAGAGGUGGAGGAGGAACGGGAACGUCCAGAAAUCGGCUCUGAAAGUGAGAGCAGCUUGUAUGGUCCCACUAAGAAGAAGAAGAAGAAACCCAAGGAGAAGAAAGAGAAAAAGCCCAGAAAGAAGAAGAGAGAUGAAGAGGAUGACGAUGAUGACGAUGAUGAUGGUAACAUGAAAGAGCCCAAAUCAUCGAGCCAGCUGAUGCACGAAUGGGGUCUUGAAGAUGUUCAGUAUGGCUUCACUGAAGAUGACUAUAAAACCAUUACCAACUACAAGGCUUUCAGCCAGUUCCUCAGGCCUCUCAUUGCCAAGAAGAACCCGAAGAUUCCCAUGUCAAAGAUGAUGACAGUGUUAGGGGCCAAGUGGCGAGAGUUCAGUGCCAACAACCCGUUCAAAGGUGCAUCUGCCACUGCUGUGGCCGCCGCUGUGGCUGCUGCAGUGGAAACGGUUACUGUGGCACAGCCAACGUCUGUCAGCAGCAGCCAGCUGAGCUCUCAGCUGGGGCCGAUCAAAAAAGCCAAAACCAAAGAGGGAAAGGGACCAGGAGUUAGAAAGAAAAGUAAGACUGUGAAAGAAGUGAAGAAGAAGCCCAAGCCGAAGAAGACCAAAUCAAAGUCGGGCCAAAGUGGGAAGAAGAAGAAAGCAUCCUCGAGUGAGGAGGACUUCCUAGAGGAGUCAGACUUUGAUGACAUCAGCAUCCACAGUGCCUCUGUGCUUUCUGAUACCUCGGGGGCCGCCACCAAGAAAAAGGCCCGACGUGGGCGGAAAAAAAGGAAAAAGGAGGACGGUGAUGGCUAUGAGACAGACCACCAAGACUACUGUGAGGUUUGCCAGCAGGGUGGAGAGAUCAUCCUGUGCGACACCUGUCCCAGAGCUUACCACCUGGUCUGUCUGGACCCUGAGCUGGAGAAGGCCCCAGAGGGAAAAUGGAGCUGUCCACACUGUGAGAAGGAGGGAAUCCAGUGGGAGGCCAAAGAUGAAGAUGAAGAUGAGGAAGAGGCUCCAGGUGAGGAAGAGGAUGACCACAUGGAGUUUUGCAGAGUUUGUAAAGAUGGAGGAGAGCUGCUAUGUUGUGAUACCUGCCCAUCAUCUUACCAUAUCCACUGCCUCAACCCGCCGCUUCCCGAGAUACCAAAUGGGGAGUGGUUAUGUCCGCGCUGUAUGUGCCCUCCCCUCAAAGGAAAAGUACAAAAGAUUCUGCACUGGACGUGGGGAGAAGCUCCGCUGCCAGCCGAACCACCUACAGGACCUGAUGGCAAGCCAACAGAUCCGCUCACCAAGCCCCCGCUCAAGGGCCGCCCAGAGAGGGAGUUCUUUGUUAAGUGGGCUGGCCUUUCGUACUGGCACUGCUCCUGGGUCAGCGAACUGCAGUUGGAGCUGUACCACACGGUCAUGUACCGGAACUAUCAGCGUAAGAACGACAUGGACGAGCCCCCGCCAUAUGACUACGGCUCCGGAGAGGAGGAGCUCAACAGUGAGAAGAGAAAGAGCAAAGAUCCCCAGUAUGCUGCGAUGGAGGAGCGCUUCUACCGUUAUGGCAUUAAACCAGAGUGGAUGGUUAUCCACCGGAUACUCAAUCAUAGUUUUGAUAAAGAUGGUGAUGUGCACUACUUGAUCAAGUGGAGAGACCUGCCCUACGACCAGUGCACCUGGGAGGUGGAUGAUUUCGACAUCCCAGAUUAUGAAAGUCAUAAAUCUUCUUACUGGGAUCACAGAGAGCAAAUUUUAGGAGAGGAUCAGCGCCCUCUUGUGGUGAGAAAAGGCAAGAAACUAAAAGAGGACCAUCCAAAAAGAGAAGUCCCUCCUGAUGCCCCAAUCAUAGAUCCCACCAUCAAGUUUGAGCACCAACCAUGGUACAUUAAUGCCACUGGGGGAACGCUACACCCGUACCAGCUGGAAGGCCUGAACUGGUUGAGGUUCUCCUGGGCUCAGGGCACAGAUACGAUCCUGGCUGAUGAAAUGGGCCUGGGAAAGACGGUGCAGACGAUAGUGUUUCUCUACUCGCUGUAUAAGGAGGGUCAUUCCAAAGGACCUUUCUUGGUGAGCGCACCCCUUUCCACUAUCAUUAACUGGGAGAGAGAAUUUGAGAUGUGGGCUCCAGAUUUCUAUGUGGUGACAUACACUGGAGACAAAGACAGCAGGGCAAUCAUCAGGGAGAACGAGUUCACCUUUGAAGACAGUGCAGUAAAAUCAGGGCGAAAGGUGUUCCGUAUGAAGAAAGACACUCCUAUCAAGUUCCAUGUGCUGCUGACAUCUUAUGAACUGAUUACUAUAGAUCAAGCCAUUCUGAGCUCUGUCACCUGGGCCUGUCUGGUGGUAGAUGAGGCCCACAGACUGAAGAACAACCAAUCAAAGUUUUUCAGAAUUCUCAAUGGGUAUAAGAUCUACUACAAGCUGCUGCUCACUGGAACUCCUCUUCAAAACAACCUAGAAGAGCUGUUCCACCUCCUUAACUUCCUCACCCCAGAGCGCUUCAAUAACCUGGAAGGCUUCCUGGAGGAGUUUGCUGAUAUCUCUAAAGAGGAUCAGAUCAAAAAGCUCCACGACCUGCUGGGACCUCACAUGCUCAGGAGGCUGAAAGCUGAUGUCUUCAAGAAUAUGCCUGCAAAGACAGAGCUGAUUGUCAGAGUGGAGCUUAGCCCAAUGCAGAAGAAAUAUUACAAGUUUAUCUUGACACGAAACUUCGAGGCUUUGAACUCCAAAGGUGGAGGGAACCAGGUGUCCCUGCUCAACAUUAUGAUGGACCUGAAAAAGUGCUGCAACCACCCUUACCUGUUCCCUGUGGCCGCUGUGGAGGCUCCUGUUUUACCCAAUGGUUCUUAUGAUGGCAACCUACUGGUGAAGUCCUCAGGAAAACUGACGCUGCUUCAGAAAAUGCUAAAAAAGCUCAAAGAUGAAGGACACAGAGUUCUCAUUUUCUCUCAGAUGACAAAGAUGCUGGAUCUGCUCGAGGACUUUCUUGAGUUUGAGGGUUAUAAAUAUGAACGUAUUGAUGGGGGGAUUACUGGAGGUCUAAGGCAGGAAGCCAUUGACCGCUUCAAUGCACCAGGCGCGCAGCAGUUCUGCUUCUUGCUUUCAACACGAGCUGGAGGCCUUGGCAUCAACCUGGCGAGCGCAGAUACUGUCAUCAUCUACGACUCUGACUGGAAUCCUCACAAUGACAUCCAAGCAUUUAGCAGAGCGCACCGUAUAGGCCAAAACAAGAAAGUGAUGAUCUACCGGUUUGUGACUCGAGGCUCAGUGGAGGAGCGAAUCACCCAAGUGGCCAAAAGGAAAAUGAUGCUGACUCACCUGGUGGUGCGCCCUGGCCUGGGCUCCAAAAUGGGCUCCAUGUCCAAACAAGAACUGGAUGACAUCCUAAAGUUUGGAACUGAGGAGCUUUUUAAAGAUGAAAUGGAAGCAGCACGAACAAUGGGUGAUAACAAAGAUGGUGAGGAGGGCAGUGUGAUUCACUACGACGAUGAUGCUAUCUCAAAGCUGCUGGACCGCAGCCAGGAUGCCACUGAAGACACAGAGAUACAGAAUAUGAAUGAGUACCUGAGCUCCUUCAAGGUGGCUCAGUAUGUGGUGAAAGAAGAAGAUGGAGAGGAGGAGGUAGAGCGAGAGAUCAUUAAGCAAGAGGAGAACGUGGAUCCGGACUACUGGGAAAAACUCCUUCGCCACCACUAUGAGCAGCAGCAGGAAGAUCUGGCGCGAAAUCUGGGCAAAGGCAAACGCAUCCGAAAGCAGGUCAACUACAACGAUACGACCCAGGAAGACCAAGAAUGGCAGGAUGAUCUUUCAGACAAUCAGUCGGAGUACUCCGUGGGGUCCGAGGACGAGGACGAAGAUUUCGAGGAGAGGCCUGAAGGAGGACGCAGACAAUCACGUCGGCAGCUCAAGAGUGAGAAAGACAAACCUCUUCCACCCUUACUGGCUCGGGUUGGAGGCAGUAUCGAGGUCCUUGGGUUCAACGCUCGUCAGAGGAAAGCCUUCCUUAAUGCCAUCAUGCGCUGGGGCAUGCCCCCUCAGGAUGCUUUCAACUCUCACUGGCUAGUUAGGGACCUGAGAGGGAAGAGUGAGCGCGAGUUCAGGGCCUACGUGUCUCUGUUCAUGAGACAUUUAUGUGAGCCGGGGGCAGAUGGAGCAGAGACCUUUGCCGAUGGAGUCCCUCGCGAGGGGCUGUCUCGUCAGCAUGUUCUUACCAGGAUCGGAGUCAUGUCCCUUGUCAGGAAAAAGGUGCAAGAGUUUGAGCAUGUAAAUGGGAAGUUAAGUUCUCCUGAUCUGAUUCCCAUUGGAAUGGAGCUGAAGAAACUGAAUGAGAGUGUAUCCUCUGAUCCCAACACGCCUGUGCCAGCCAGCCCUGUUGCUACUCAGCCCAGCACUCCUAUCCCACAAGAAAAAACGGAGUCUUUCUUGGGUACUGCGGAGGACAAGGAAACCACAGAGCCAGAGAGCAAGAAACUGUCAGAGCAGGAAGCUUCCACUGUUGAGCCAGCAUCUGCACCCGAGAAGGCAACUGACAGUGACGAGAACAAGGGCAACUCAGAGGAGAAAACAGGAGAUGAGAGGAACAGAACCGAGUCGCCCUCCACAAAGACGGAGCCAUCUGCUAACCCAAAAGAGCCAGCUUUCAAACAGUCCGAGGCGCAAUCCACUAUCACCUCACCUAAGAUGGAGCCAUGCAAAGAAACCGAAAAGUCCUCAGAAAAAGGAGACACUGAUUCUCCUCUGGCAAAAACUGAAGACAAGGAAAAUAAGCCAGAUGAUGUAAAGAGUGAAGACGCAUUAGACGGUCGAUUAAAUGGAGACAAGGACACUUUGGAUGAGAUGGACGACAGCAGGAAGGAAGACAAAAAUGGAUUCAAAGCAAAGUUCAUGUUUAAUAUUGCUGACGGAGGUUUUACAGAGCUGCACACCCUCUGGCAGACUGAAGAGCGAGCAGCGCUGUCUUCUGGAAAGAUGCAUGACAUCUGGCACCGUCGCCAUGACUACUGGCUGUUGGCUGGCAUCGUGACACAUGGCUACGCUCGCUGGCAAGACAUUCAGAAUGAUCCACGUUAUGCGAUUCUGAAUGAGCCUUUCAAGACCGAGAUGCAUAAGGGCAACUACUUAGAAAUGAAGAACAAAUUCCUGGCUCGCCGCUUUAAGUUGUUAGAGCAGGCUCUGGUGAUCGAGGAGCAGCUGAGGCGGGCAGCUUACCUGAAUAUGACCCAGGACCCGAGUCACCCUGCCAUGGCACUCAACACUCGCUUUGCCGAGGUGGAAUGUCUGGCCGAGUCCCACCAGCACCUGUCCAAAGAGUCUCUGGCUGGGAACAAACCCGCCAACGCCGUGCUGCACAAAGUGCUGAACCAGCUGGAGGAACUUCUGAGUGACAUGAAAGCAGAUGUGACACGACUGCCCAACAUGCUGUCCAGGAUCCCACCGGUGUCGGCGAGGCUGCAGAUGUCUGAGCGGAGCAUCCUGAGCCGCCUCACCAGCCGAGGCAAUGAACCUCCACCGCAGCAGCCGUUUAGUCCAGGUGGGUUUGGCUGCUCCCAGAUGUACAGCGGCAGUUUUGGAGGGGGAUUCAGAGGACCAGGCGGACAGCCUAUGGUUAACUAUAGUCAGAUGCCCUUAGGACCUUACGUCAGCGUCUCCUCUAAUGGCCCCCCACCCCCUACAAGCCAUCUGGACAAGAAGUCACUUGACUCCUUGAGGGACGUGGCUACGCCUGACCUCAAAUCAGGCAAACCUAGUGAUGUCAUCUGUAUUGAGGACUAGACCAGCUCUGUAACACUGACCUCAGGUCAGAAACUCCCAGGGAUGGAAUCUCAAUGGAUGACUACUGACCAACUCUUAUGCCACUCUCUCCUUGUUCUCUUGCUCCUUCCUAGCUCCAGAUCUAAAAGUCAAGCUCUCUUCUCUCUACGGAUAAGGCAAUUAACUUUUUAAUGCAGACGUAUGUAUCUUAACAAUUGCACUUUUAUCUUUAAAGAAUCCUAUAGAAGUAUUUCAGUAGAUGUUUGCUUUUGUUUACCUGUGAUGGAAAGCUGCGGUUUAGGAAGGAAAAUGGAGCAGCUUCUUUGAAAAGAGGAUUUUUUUUUCUUUCGCUCUGCACUACAGUGGAAGACUCGAGCAAGUUGGUGGCACCGAGUUCCUGGCGCGCUUGACUGGGGCUCAUUCUGAUUCUGGAAUGUGUGUUUUAUUUGCGCCAGCCUCAAUUCUUUUCAUCUGCAUACACUCAGUUGCUUUUACUCAUCUGCCUAUUUACUGUACACUGUGACUGUGCUCCCCCGGAGCUUGUCCCCUGUGAAGAGUGGAGGAGUCGAGGAUGUCUACAGUCAUAGCUUGAUAAGAGAUUGCUUUUUGAAGGCCAGUAUUGUUAUUUUAAAUAAACUUGUGUUUUGUCAUUCAUGUUGUAACCUGUGAAGAAAAUAUUGAUUUGAAAGCAUCAAGAACUAUUAACAUGUAUGCAGUAGCUGGACACAGGCUUUUGGAGAAUCCUCUAAAGACUGCCACCUGCUGGUAAUCUUAAGAAAGUAAUUUCUGCUAAACCUGCAGGGAGACUUGACUGCAGUACCUGGGAACAUUGGCCUCUUGUACUGUAUAUACUGAGAGACUGCUGUUUAUUUUACCUCACAUAUGUCUAAUGAUAGUGAACACAUGUAAACAUACAUGGAUGAAAUCAGAAGCCUGGCUUAGCGUUGUACAUGAAAAUCAAGUGAGAGAAAACUUUGGGAGUGGCAAGAAUGAUUUUUAAUGCAUUUUAGAGAAGACUGAGUAUUUCUGUGUAUGGUACAAUAUUUGUGAUUCUUUCUAUAUUUGAAUGUUAGUAGUGGCUGUAGAGCUUAACCCUGGGGCCAUGACCGGUGGGACUUCAUUGUAAACAGGGACCCAUCUGGUACAUCCACAUACAGGGCUUCAGUGUUACCGAGACCAGAGUCCUGAAUGGAGGGUGGAGUUUUAUCCCUCUUAUAUCCCAGGGACUUUCCCAGUUCCCUUUUAAUUGUUAGGACUAAAUAAGAACACAUGUGCUUAUGGUGCAAUGUCACCUCAAGUUUAGCAUUUGAUGCAGACUGCGCUUUUGUUUGCUUCUCUUUUUGUUGAGGUUAAAUCUAAUGUUUUUGGUCACUUGGUGCCAUUAAAGGAUAUGAUCCAGAAUGAUUUGUUCUUGUUGCAGUGCAUUUCCUCCGCAGAGGUUAAGACUGUAAAUUGUGGUGUCACAGUCAAAGCUUUUCAUUUGAAGUAAUAUUCUCUGUGUAUCAGCAUUCAAGGACCAUCAUUGCUUUCAGAUGAUGUCGUCACUUCCAGCCUCCUUAGUAACAGUGUAUGUGGUCAUUUAUUGCUUUACCUGGUGAUAAGGCUACUACAUGUUUACUCAUUCCAUCUACUAUUUUGUGCUAAAGUGACUGUGCACCUGGUAAAACAGUCUUUUUAUAAAUUCACACGUAUUUGAUUUUCUAUUAACACACUGCAAAAAUAUUAGGACUAAAUGUACAAAUCUUUAUUGACAAAUCUAUCUUUUUUUUUUUUUCAAUGAUAUGUUUGUAUUAUGAUUAUUAUUACGCCAUUGCCAAGGCACUUAUUUGAAAAUGCUGAAAGGAUAAUUGCUAUUGACUAAUCUAAAGUGAAGAAAUAGUGAUUUAUGGUGAGUGUAUUUUUUGCCAGUUCAAAUGGUUGUCCUUAGGUGCUCUCUUCUGAUUCCCUCUUCAUUUUUCAGCUUGUAUCGCACUCAUCGUUUCUCGAAAUGCUUUGACUUAAAAGUCAAAUUCAAAACAUUACAAUUUGGAAAGCAUCAUGAGACUAAUCUUGAGUGCACUACGCUUUUUUUAGUGUGAAUCGAUGCUGUUUUCGUUACCGUUUUUGUUCAUGCCAGCAACUACUUGACCAUGACAUGGAUGGUUGACAGACAGAACCUCAGAAACAUGUAAAUACUUGUUGAAAUUGAAAGAUUUUUCAGAGAUAAGUCCAUGUCAUAUAGAUUUUUGUAUUAAACUGAAAAAGAUGAAUGUUUACUGGAUGGUGUUGCCAUAGAACUGCUAUGUGCACCGUAUGUGCUCAUCAAUCAAAAACUUGUCCUUUUCCUCUGGAGCUGUGACCAUGAGAUGACGUCGAAAAACACAAUACUUCACUGAAAUGCAAUCAAACUGAAGUCAGUAUGAAUGUAAUGUCUGUUAAAAAGGCUUCAGUCUAAUAUUACCAAUAUGUUAACAAUGUAUGCACAUGCUUAUUAACGUGGCUUCAAAAGCUACCAAAAGACCCUGUUAAAAGGCACCUUUGUUGCAGUGAAUGCACAGCAUGUGAAGCGUUUGAUGGUUCACUUUUGGGAGGUGGUAGUAUAUCAGGCAUUUACAGACAAUGAGCGCCAAGCAGUGUUAUGGUACUGAUAUUUGUGCUGUAUAGCAGUUGAAUGAAAAAGUGAAUUGUCAUCUUUUUAUUUGUAUUCUGUGUAUUUGUUCAA